CCCUAAAUAUACCUGAGGAAGAGCGGGAUGGAAAGUGCUCUCUUGUCCUAAAAAUCACAGUGGUUGUAGCACAGACAGCUAAAGACAAACCAAUUCACUUGGGACAAGAUGAUCAUGACUCCUUUGGGAAAUGGCGAUGGCUUUGGCAGCAGCCUGUAUGGAAACACCAGGGGCAGAAGAAGGGCAGCAGCAACCAGAGCAUCGCCUCUUCCCGUCAGUGCCUCGCUUGGCUUUCUGCAUCCUUCCCCUUUGUCUGUCAGUCCCUGUACCACCCCUUCCUUCUCCUCUGCCAGCCUGGGGCAUGGAGAGCAGCUGCGCGGGUGCUGGCAGGGAGGAGGAGGCCCCGCAGGAGGGCCCUGCGGCCCUGCUGGGAGGCUGCAAACCACCCCGGGGUAGCCAUUGCCUCUGCCCUCAGUGCCAGCAGCACCCAGGGCAGCACUGCCUCCCUGCCUCCUCAGCAGCACAAAAUGAACUGGGUGGGUGGCAGUCGGUAAGUGAAACUCCUCACAGCCGACAGAAACUGCUCCAUGCUGUGUCAGUGUCCCUCCAGACUGGGCACCGCCAUGGUGUGUUUAACAACCGUGAUGCCCCCUCACAAACCAGAAGCAGAAUCAUACUAAAGCAAGAAAGGAGAAAACAAAAGGAAUACUUUGAAAGAAAGAAACUUAAGUCAAAAAUGAAGCUCCUGGAAGUAUCAUCUCCUAAAAGUUCAGCAGUCAGUUUGGAUCUUCUUAAUCUCUAUGUGGUUAACCAGAUAUCAACCAAGAAAGAGAACACUGAGAACGCGAGGAAGCCAGUCCACGUUGAUAUCACUGAAGAUGAAAAAAAACCUAUCAGGAGACAUAACUUAGAGCUUCCCACAUCACCCCUACGUACACAACAUAAGUCAAACUUAGAUGAUCUCCAAAGCAGGUUACAAAAGCAAGUUUUGGACAGCAGAAGACAACACCUCUCAGAAAAAGUGAAAUACCAGCAUAAGCUCAUUCCACAAGUAAUGGAAUUAGGCGAUGUUGAUUCUAGUACGGAAAAUGAAGACGACAUGGCAAGAGCUUUUAGUGCUUGUCCGUUGUCCUCCUCUGGUUUUCAGUUCUCAAACUGUACACAGCUUUCAGAAGAAAAUUUCAACACAAAACUAAUGGGCAACAUUUGGGAACAGAUCUAUGAAAAGAAGCUGCAAAACCAGCCAGGUAACAACUUUGAUCAAAACCCUUGGAAUACAAACCCUCCAAGCCAGUUUAUUUUCAGGAAGUCUGAUACAGUGCCUCAGGAGCUGUUCCAGCCAUUUGAUAGCAAAAUGGAUUUUCUCUUCUACUCCUGUUAUACCUCAUUGCCUACCCCCAGGCCAGACUACAUGAAUUCUGCCAGGAAAAAUUCAAUGAUAAUAGCCAAUAACUACUCAGAAAAUUGUGAAGGAAUAAAAGAACCAAUAUUUGAUGUUGUGAAAGAAGCUGCAGAACUGAAAGAUGGAAGUGGUUGUUCCUUUCUGACACUAUUUGAAGAUGAGAGUGGACCAAUCCAAAAUAAUCCUUCCACAAAGCAUUUUAAUCCUUUUUCUAACCAAGGCAAUAAUGACAUUUUUUUCACUGUUCCUGAUGUUCAAAAUCAAAUUAACAGAAUUUAUUCUUGUGACACCAGAAGGCUUUAUCCUGCAAUCAAUGCAAAAGAAGAUUCAGUAGACAGACACCUUGAAGGCAUUUUCACAGCUCCAGAACAGAUUUUCCUUAAAAGUAGCAAUGUGUCAAAUACAAGCUACAAGGAAACAAGUGCACUUCAUAAAACACACCGGCAGAACCGUCGUGAGGGACAGCACUACUUCAUGCCCUGUGAACAGAAAGAAAGAAGAGCAAACCUUGAAAAAAUUGAGACAUUUGCUUAUCACCAUGACCAGCAGAAUAGCUUAAAGGAGAAUGUGCAGAAUUAUUCCAGAAAAAAAAGUGAGAACAAGUCUGUGAAAGAAACAGCCUGGAAUCAGAACCAUGUCUUUGUAUUUGAAGAGUUCACAACAGCACAAGAGAAAGGGUAUAAGUUUGGACUGAGUUCAUAUCUUCAUGAGAUGGAUGUGGAGUCACCACUCAGCAGCCAGUCUCACAGUUACUCUCCAAGGCAGACUGAGAGCUAUUUGAGCUCUAGUCCUGACACAUCUGAAGAGGAAGACACAGCCAAAAAGAAGGAAUAUCUGAAUGAACAUUCCUUGAAGGCACAUGGUGCCAACCUAUUCUCAGCCUCAGCAAGCAGAGAGGCCCCCAAGAGCUCUCACACCCAAAGUGUGGGUAUGAAGCCCAGCAGUACUUUGCCUAGAAAAGAAGCAAACAAUCUUCAGGAGAGAGACUCUAAUUUUUGUGCCACAGAGGAGGAAAAUAAAACGCACACAGCUCUGUCUCAGGGCCCAUCACACCAGGCCUGUAAGAGGGAGCCCGUCAGCAGCAGCACCAGGCGCGAUGUUUGGUCGCAGACCGAGGGCUGUGUGACCGUAGAGAAGGCGGACGUGGGCAGCCAGUGCGGCACGCUGAGGGUGUGCAGCUGCGGGGGAUCCCUCCCCGCCGCCCGCAGCCCAGGCGCGGUCCCUGCUCCCAGCGCUGCCGGCAACGCGGGAGAGCCCCAGGGGCAGAAGGGGACAGACCCCUUCUCUCCUGAGGCCGAGUACCUGAGCUUGGCCGGCAGGAGCACUCUAGAGGUGCUGAACUACAUUGAUAAAAUGAAGGAGAGAGAUAAGCGGUGAUCAGUUAUAAUGCCACCUUAGGAACACAAUAGUUUUGUCCUGUUCUCAGUGUAUUUCAUUCAGUUGGCAUAUUCCGAUUUUUCUAGCAUGGUUAGGCAGAAGAUACUUUUACUGUUUGUUUGCUUUAACUAUCAAUAAUUAUGGGUUUCUGCUAUCUCAAAGUAUGGGUUUCUAUAGAUAUCUAACUAUUAACAAAGGAUUUUACAAUAGCCUAGUAAAUAAAAUCAUUAGGAAUGAUAUUGGUUUCCUCACCAUAUAUCUGUAGGAUUCUGUAGUUUAGAAUUUAUUGACUGUGUUUCUUUUAAGGUAAUGGGAAGAUGUCGUUCUGCUUCAAAAAAUAUUUAGUGUGGCUCUGAGUCACCCAUUUUAACAGAAAAACUUGCCUUUGUCAUGUGUUCAUACUAAACACAGAAAUAGGAAACAGAAAAUUUACAUUUGCAAACAUAGAAUAUAAUAAAAUUUUAAAAGAACUAAUUAAUUAAAAAUUUUUAACUGCUCAAUUUUCUUUCCACAGCAGAUCCAUUCAUUCAUUUUCUGGCUGUUAAUCUAAAAAAAUCUUGCAUGUGUUUCUGUAUUCUCUCUGCAAACUGAAAAUUUGAACUACUUGCAUCUUCAUUUCAGUAUUUGUGUGAAGCUACAAACCACAACAAAUAAAAGUUUCUGAUAAUAUUGUU